AUGAGCCCGCUAGCUCCGUUUCCAGACCCGCGGUUCAAGACCGUGACCAGACUCAUGGACCUAUUCCGGACCCCAGCAACGCGGCUGCGCAAAACAAUCCCCGUCUUCAUCCACUUCACAGGCCGAUCUAGCGCUACCGCAGCACCGGCAUCCAAGAUGGAAGAAGGCUUCACUGAGAGUCUGGUGAGCCAGAUGGAGUCGGCGUUUCAGACCAAGGAUGACACCAAGGUUGAGUUGACCAUGCCGGUGCUGUCUGAGGAGAAUAAGUCGAUCACAGCUGCCGGCUUCGAGGGAGAGCAGCAGGCCUCGCCUAGAGAGAACGUUUUCAAAAGAAGACUGAGAGCGUUGACUGGAAGCGCGCCGAAGUCUCCUUCAUCUGGCCUGGGAUCUGGCCUCAGGCGCGCGAGUCUCGGCGCAUCCUCUUUUUCUGCUGCGUCUGAUUCACUGACAGUCCGCGAAGCCAACUUGGCCGGUGCUUCAAAGGCAGCAGAAGGUGGUGCUGGUAAUCUCAUGAGUCCUUUGAGUCGUCCUGGUAUCGAAGGAAAGCGUUCCUUUACUUCCCCCUCGGUGCCUCUGAAGUUGAAAUACAUCUCGCCCGCUGAUUACAUGCUUGUCGACAUGGAUCUUCCUGAGCCUCGACCCGCUCCCAAGGCCCCCGAGCCCGGUCUUCUGCCAAAAAUGAAAGACGCCGCACAGCAGGCCAUGGACAAGAAGAAGUCCGGCGCAAAGCUAUCCAAGAAAUACCACCAAUCUGCUCUGCACCUCAAGAAUGUGGACGAGGAGACCCCGGCGGAGGCUAAAAGCAGGAAGCAGGAGCUGGUCGAGUACGUGCGCCGGAUGACCGGCACCGAAGUGAAGUUCCGUGAUGUCAGCGAUCCCAACGAGAAAGAGAGAAAGGACGACGUCCGUAUCUGGGACACCGCGAACCUCAAAUGCAUUCGCUGCCGUGGUGCCUGUCCGGUUUGCGACGGUGCAUGCUGUAUGUACGCAGGCGCUAACAGAGCCAUCGCUGGAGAGAGCGCAGACGCUGAGGAGCUUGGAAAAGCGAAGCGCAUCCUCGAGGUCAUCGAGACCCUGAGCCCUCAUAUCACGGAUCUCGACACCUACCAGCUGUGUAGCCAGCCAGGCGGUUGUGGUCGUUACGUGUGCCCUAGCUGCUGCGGCGUGUGUCCGAAUGUGAUCUGCCGCGACGUGCAGUGCAAGGUAGUAGGAAGCAGCGCGGCCGGCCAAGGGCAGCCGAGGUCACGUGGCGCACUGCACUUUAGCGAGCGCACCCGCACCACAAUUGUGCCAGACUUCGCGAUCCGCUACGCCGCAGAGACCGAAUCGACUCAACCACCCAACGCCAACCGACAACAUCUCGUCUCGCCCGGUCGCGCAUCUCCGACGUUCAAGAUGCGUACCUACGACGAUUCUUUCAGCGGUCAGAAGAUCUACCCCGGAAAGGGUAAGCUGUUCGUCCGUGGCGACAGCAAGAUCUUCCGCUUCCAGAAUGGAAAGUCCGAGUCCCUCUUCCUCCAGCGCAAGAACCCUCGCCGGAUAGCUUGGACUGUCCUCUUCCGUCGCCAGCACAAGAAGGGUAUCUCUGAAGAAGUUGCCAAGAAGCGUACCCGCCGUGCUGUUAAGAGCCAGCGUGCCAUCGUCGGUGCCUCUCUCGACGUGAUCAAGGAGCGCCGCAACCAGCGCCCCGAGGCCCGUGCCGCCGCUCGCCAGCAGGCCAUCAAGGACGCCAAGGACAAGAAGGCCGCCUCCGAGAGCAAGAAGAAGGCCGAGAAGGCCAAGCUCGCCGCCAGCAAGGGUGGUGCUCAGCGCAUCCAGAGCAAGCAGGGCGCCAAGGGCUCUGCUCCCAAGGUCGCCGCCAAGUCGCGUUAA